UUUUGAUGAUGGUCCGAAGAAAGGAGAAGGAAAGCUGAACAUGUAAUAACGGCAACUUCAUUUUCUUCUUCCUUUUUUUUCACUUGCAAGAAUAUUAUUGUCUAUGAAAUCCCAACUUCUGAUCAUUUUGUAUCAUGUGCACCAACUGCUUGCAUGUUGUUCCUACUCAAGCAGUGAACCAAACAGGAAUUCUAUACUUGAUUUGAAAAAUAAAUGUCGGGGAAAACCAAAGUACAAUUCCUUAUAUAUAAAUUGUGGAGGAGGAGAGACAGUUGUUGAUGGGAAAGUGUUUGAAGCAGAAAGGACAACAUCAAAUUACUAUUCAGCUCCAAGAAAAAAUUGGGCUUAUUCUUGCUCUGGAGACUUCGGAUCGAAAACUUACGAUUCCAGUGAUUACAUAAAAAACGUGGACUGUGGAGUUUGUGAUUCUGCUGCGACACAGUUAUACAACUCAACUCGCCUCUGUCCUCUUUCUCUGACAUAUUACGGCUUCUGUUUAUUUAAAGGAAAUUACACUGUGAAACUUUACUUCGCUGAAACUGUUUACCAAACUGAUGAAGAUUAUUCGAAUUUAGGGAAACGUGUUUUUGACGUAUAUAUACAGGGGAAGAGAGUACUAAAAGACUUCAACAUAAAAGAAAUGGCCAGCGGCACCAAUAAGACAUGGACUGCAAAUUUCACAACAUUUGUUGGAGAUGAUCAUCUAUUGAAUAUCCAUUUUUUCUGGGCUGGAAAAGGAUCUUUCCGGGAGCCAGGUUUUUCCUAUGCACCUGCUGCACUGUCUCUAAAUGGACCCCUUGUGGCAGGCAUUUCUGUAACUGCAAACUUCAAAGUUGGUGGCAACACUGGCAAGGGACUAUCUCCUUCACAAAUUGCAGGGAUUACUGCAGGUUCAGUAUUUGCUCCUCUACUUCUGUUGGCUUUCAUGUGGAAAAUGGGCUGGCUGCGGAAAAACCAGUUGGAUGAAAUAACUAUAGAGGUCCAAGGAAUAUCUUUCACCCUCAAACAAAUAAUCGAUGCUACUCGAAAAUUUAGCCCCAAAAUGGAGAUUGGCAGGGGACGCUUUGGAAUACUAUACAAGGCUGAAUUGCCGAACGAGAUAAAAUUAGCAGUGAAGAAGAUUUCUCCUCAAUCAAAGCAACAUGGAAAAGAUGAAUUACGAAGGGAAAUCUUCAACCUGAAAUAUUUGAUCGUGAGAAUCUUGUUCAAUUGUUGGAUGGCUAUUCUAUUAAAGACCCGCAUCUGCUAGUAUAUGACUACAUGCAUAAAGGCUCCCUUCACCAUGCGUUGUUUGGUAAUACUGCCAUCA